GAAGGAUCAAUAUUAUAUUUCGCUAAGAAGAGAAAAUGAAGGCAUAUCUAAUAUUAAUGUUGGUGAUUUGUGCCGCUGCGAUUUUGGAGCAAACGGAGGCUAAACCACCCCGAAAAUAUUUAACUCCACACGUCUUUGACCCAUGCCGUCGUCAUAAUCCUCCAGCGGGAUGUCAUCCUCCUCAUCAUGGACCUCCUGUCCCUGCCAACAAAUACAGUCGCGGUUGCUCUAGAAUGCACAGAUGCCGACGCGUGGAUUAAAUUGGACAUGAUAUUCCUUUGCAUUGAUCCUUCUUCUUUUAUAUGAAACCGUCACGAUGUCUUUGAUAUUUUAUAUCACUAUUUAUACAUUUAUUCUUUCAAAUUCAGUUCACAAGUUCA